UGUAUACAAAUUGUCGGUUUUUUUUUGUCCGUCAGUCGUUGUUGAAUGAUUGCGUUUCGAUUAGAGCCGUCUGAGUGGCAUUUCCAUCAAAAGCGGCACUAAUGAGAUGGUCUUCGGUGCUAUGCUGCUAUCGGGCAACAUAAACGGCCCAAAAAAGCAACAGGAACCACAACAGCAGCCCCAACAACAACAGCAGCAGAAGGACGAGAACCCGCAGAAACCGAAACCGGCUGAAAUCAAAGCCUCCAGAAGCCACAAGGAUACCCAAGAUACCCAGCAACCACCAGGCGCCGGGUAUUAUGCGCUCGGCAUUCGAAUUCCAAAGUCGCCAUCUUUCCACAGUGGUCUAGACCAGCUGGCCGACGACGAGUUGGAGGACCAGGAUCAGAAUCCGGACCAGGAUCGGGAGCAAGGCGGCAGCAAAUUCAAAUUCAGCAGCGUGGAGGAGCUCAAGGCCAAGUUCGAGGGGCGGAAGACGCCCCUCUCGCCACCGGAAGCGGCCGCCGGAUCAGCGGCAACUGCCUCCUCUUCGCCCUCGUCCUCCUCCACCAGCUCCAACUCCUCCGCCUCGGCUCUGUCCUCGCUCUCGCAGGCGGGCUCAUCUUCGCUGGCCUCGGCGGCGGCCAACUCCUCGGCCUCAUCCUCGGCGGCAACGUACGGCGGUGGAGCCAAUUCGGCGGCAGCCGCUCUGAUAGCCUCCUCGCCCUUUGGAUCGCAGUCCUCCACUUCCUCGUUGUCGCUUUCCUCGAAUGCCGGCAUGCCGAAGCCCGGAGCUACCACAACGGCUGCCCCAACCAGCGCUGGAAACUCGCUGGUGUCCACCCUGGCGCAGCACUUUUCGGCGGCCACCUCGGCAGCUGCCUCUGCGGCAGCUGCAGCCGCUUCUUCUGCUUCCGGUUCGACAGCUUCCGGCUCGUCUGCUUCCUCGUCUAGCGGCGCCAGUAAUGCAUCCGGCUCCAUUGCCGCCAGCAAGUCACCGGUGAGCGCGGCCGCGGCCAUUAAGAACAUACUGAAUGCCACCAAAAGUGUGGGCAACAGUGCUGCAGCGGCGGCUGCAGCAGCGGCGGCGGCCACCUCCUCAUCAUCCUCAUCCUCCACACCAGCCGCCCCAACAACUAACAACACCACCAACGCCAUAGCCACAGCCACCGCUACCGCUCCCGCGCCCGCAGAGGAGCUGCGCCCAACGGUGGCCCAAAAUCUGGUCGGCGGCAUUAGCAUCUCACUGGGCAUUGGCCAGCGGAAUGGCAGUGCCACACAGACGGCAACAGUUGUGGCCACAUCCAGCUCCACUGUGGUGGUGUCCUGUGCAUCCAGCAGCUUGACCAUCCUGCAGCAGAACGGUGACCACCAUCACCAGACGCUGCAACAGCUGACCGGCAGUCCGGGAAGAGCUCGUGACCGGAAUCUGUUCCAUACGCCACCCACCGCUUCGGUUGCCCUGGCGCUGCCUGCACUGCGAGAAACGACGGCUGGCGAACGGGAGGAGCUGUUCAUCCAAAAGAUCCGGCAAUGCUGCACACUCUUCGACUUUUCGGAGCCGCUGAGCGACCUGAAAUGGAAGGAAGUGAAGCGUGCGGCCCUCCACGAGAUGGUCGACUUUCUCACAAACCAAAAUGGCGUGAUUACCGAAGUGAUCUACCCGGAAGCGAUCAACAUGUUUUCUGUCAACCUUUUCCGCACCCUGCCGCCAUCGUCCAAUCCGAAUGGCGCUGAAUUCGAUCCCGAGGAGGAUGAGCCGACGCUGGAGUCGUCGUGGCCGCACCUCCAGCUGGUCUAUGAGCUUUUCUUGCGCUUCUUGGAGUCGCCGGACUUCCAACCAAAUAUGGCUAAACGAUAUAUCGAUCAUCAGUUCGUAUUACAACUAUUGGAUUUAUUCGAUUCGGAGGAUCCGCGAGAACGUGAUUUCCUAAAGACUGUUUUACAUCGCAUCUAUGGAAAAUUUUUGGGUUUGAGAGCAUUUAUUAGGAAGCAGAUCAACAAUGUCUUUUACAGAUUUAUCUAUGAAACGGAGCAUCAUAACGGCAUAGCCGAGUUACUGGAGAUCCUGGGCAGUAUAAUCAAUGGCUUCGCUCUACCGCUCAAAGAGGAGCAUAAACAAUUUUUACUUAAGGUAUUGUUGCCAUUGCACAAAGCCAAGAGCCUCUCGGUCUACCAUCCGCAGCUAACCUACUGCGUGGUGCAGUUCCUCGAGAAGGAUCCCAGUUUAUCCGAGGCUGUUAUCAAAAGCCUUCUUAAAUUUUGGCCGAAGACACAUAGCCCCAAGGAGGUGAUGUUCUUGAAUGAACUGGAAGAGCUACUUGACGUAAUCGAACCGGCCGAAUUCCAAAAAGUAAUGGUGCCCCUGUUCCGCCAAAUAGCCAAGUGCGUCUCCUCGCCGCACUUCCAAGUGGCUGAACGGGCGCUCUACUAUUGGAAUAACGAGUACAUCAUGUCCUUGAUAGCGGACAACUCUGCGGUCAUACUACCCAUCAUGUUCCCCGCGUUGAAUCGCAACUCCAAGACGCACUGGAACAAAACAAUCCAUGGAUUAAUCUACAAUGCCCUCAAGCUGUUUAUGGAAAUGAAUCAGCGGUUGUUCGACGACUGCAGCAAGAACUACAAGCAGGAGAAGCAAAUGGAGCGCGAGAAACUGUCGCAGCGGGAGGAGCUCUGGCAGCAGGUGGAGAGCUUGGCCAAGACGAAUCCGGAGUGGUCGAAGGCGCGUCGGUUCAACGACUUCCUGCCGCCGAACGACAGCCGAAACCUGUAUAAUGAAUACAAUGAAAAUUGUGAUCUGCCCUAUGAGCAGAACGAGCAGCAGCAGGCCCGCCAGCCGCCGCCCCCACUUCCGCCGCAGAAACAGGCGCUGCAGGAGCCCCGAGAGGUUCGGGGCGAGCGGAACAAGGACAAGCCGCUCCUGCGCCGCAAGUCGGACCUGCCAUCGGACAGUGGGACCGUGAAGGCCCUCAUCGAGCACAAGCGACCCGAUGAGUACCUGACCACGCCGCCGCCGGAUGGAAGCAUCUAGGAGCUAGGAGCUAGGAUCUAGGAUCACAAUACACCCAACGCAACAACACUCCAACCUUAGAAUGAAAAUAAAAUGGAAAACCACAGAGCCCCAGGAGCUAAACUGAUAAAUAGAAAAGAAUAUAUAUAUUAUUAUGCAUUUGCGGGAGAAGCGGGAGCGUGGCCACGUUACACAACUAUUUCUUUAUAUAAACGCAUAUAAAAUAUCCUAUUUCUAAUGAACAAGCAUAGUACGAAUAAAGAUCUAAAAUCCCGAUCGA